AGAGAGAGGAAUAGAAGGUGGGCUGGUGCAGGGGAUGGGACUGUAGGGAUGCAGCGGUUGUUAUGGAUAUGUAGAUGUCAGGCGAUAGUAGGCAGAUUGCGGCACAAUGGUUGGUAUACCGUCAGCGCAAAUCUUCUGUCCCCAGGAAGAAAAUACGGAAAAAGAUCGACAGGGACAAAUCCUGUGACGUCAUGUACGAAAUGACGUCAUCGUGCUCCUAUCAGGCCGCCCUAGAUCUGAAACGACACCACCUGUCGACUACUUCAUCAGCCACUUCCCAGAUUCAGAACCAGCACUCUGUCCUGACUGGAGGUUCCUUGAGUGACGUCAUAAAUGGGGUUGGAGGUUCUCUCAGUGACGUCAUCAGUGGAGGUCUUGGUCAGAUCAAAACCGAACACGACUGUAUUGGCGGUCUUGCACAGACCGUCACCGGUGGCGACUGGACAAGGUACGGGUUGCACCAGAGUACCUUCGAGCAACUCAAGCAGAGUGUCGAGAAGGCGAAGGCAGCGCUGCAGGACAGGACGGCAGGUCUCCUAAGCACUGCCAGCGCAUUCAGUGACAUCUACAAUAGCACCCGCCUAUCAGCUGACACUUUAUGUUCUUCAGAUGCGACGACAGCGCCACAAACGUCGAUCAGUACAAACAAUGUGUCGCAACAACAACAAACUUCACGUCAUAACAACUUGACGACACGGAACAGCGAUAGCCAACACAAUAAUGAUAAAAACACUAGGAACGGUUUGGAUAAAAGCGUUUUGCUGUCGAGUAAUUCUCUAGGAGAUCACCUGCGCAGCUCCAAGUGUUCUG